AGAUCGUUUCAUGUGUUAAACCUGUGGAAGGUCUUGUGGACAAAAUGAAAACGGUUCCGUUGAUUGUGAAAUUUUUCCUUUUUUGCUGCAUAAGUUGUGCCUUUACGCAGGACGCUGAAGAAAUGCUGGAUAUUGAUGAGGAAAUAAUACCGAACCAGAUGUUUCCGAAUGAACGUACAACUUUGGAUGACUGCCAUCUUCGUUUCUAUAAACUAUUAAAGGAGGGAGAGGUUAAACCAGCAUUUGGGAUGCCCGUUCCGUUGAAAGAGUUUGCACACAUGGGAGCGAUCGGAUGGACACAGAGCCAUGGAUCAAUUUUGUGGCAGUGUGGUGGAACGCUGAUUUGGGAUAACUUCGUCCUCACGGCAGCACAUUGUGCUGUCGACGCGAGCAAUCAAGCACCGGAUGUAGCUCGGUUUGGCGACAUCGAUCUAUUCAGCGCCGAUGACGAUAUGUACGCUCAGCAGUUGAAAAUUGUGGAAAUCAUUAGACAUCCGGAGCACAGAUUUGCCGGAUACUAUCAUGACAUUGCACUGAUGAGACUUGAGAAAAAUGUUAGAUUGCAUGAUACCGUAGCUCCUGCUUGUUUAUGGUUGGAUGACGAAAUUAGAUUCCGACAGCUCGAAGCAACUGGCUGGGGAAAAACUGGAUUCGCGGAAGAACAGACGCCAAUUUUGCUGAAAGUUAUUCUGAAACCGAUGCCCAAUGAACGAUGCGACGAUGUCUACAAUCAAGAAACUACUCGCAAGCUACGCAAUGGACUGCAGGAACAGCACCUUUGUGCGGUCGACGACAGGAUGGAUACCUGUGAGGGUGAUUCUGGUGGGCCGUUACAGACUAAGCUUCUGCACAACUCCAAGGUAACACCAUUUAUUGUGGCGAUUACUUCCUUCGGUUCGGCAUGUGGAACUUCUACGCCAGGAGUUUACACCCGGGUGGCUCCGUACCACGAUUGGAUCGUGUCGACUAUGCAAAAGAAAGGGGCUAAAGUAGAUGAAAACACCUAUAAUGCAACGAAUUGUGCUUUGCGCUACGCGCACUUACGGGAAUACGAUGAUGCUAUUAUCAUGGAAAAAACUAUUGAGUUUACAUCGUAUAACUCGGACUUGGCAAGGAUUAACAUUAUCGAGUACGAAAAUCAUUUAGUGGAGAUUUAUUGGGAAAAUGAUACUCGCGACGACUGCCAUGGUGUAAUUGUAGACGAGGACACCAUACUUACUAUCGCCGAUUGUACACAUUCUAAUGGUGUCCCCCCAGCAUAUGUUACGUAUCUGGGGGAGAAAUCAAUGCCGAUUGCCAAAAUUCACAUUCAUCCAGGAUAUAGCAGAAACCAACCGCAUAACAAUAUAGCAAUCCUUAAAAUGGAAGCGUUUUUGGAUUUGCCAAUACCAUUUCAACCGUCCUGCCUUUGGCAUGAUCACGAGAUUCCGUAUUCUACUCUGCGAGGUUUCGGUUACGGAAGAACCGAUAUCAAUUCAUUCGAUUAUUAUAAUACGCCAAUAGCACACGAUGCGACUCCUACGUUUCUUACAAUGUCUUCAACAAUUUUCAACGAAAGCAACUGUGUUCUUCCGGGAAAAUACUCAACCCUACAGCUGUCAAGAGAGCACCUUUGUGCAGGAAAUGACAUAUUUUUAGUGCCGGAAUCAUGCCGUCUUUUGCUAGGUACUCCUUUGGACGAAUACAAAUAUAUUAAUGAUCGAAAGUAUCAUGUGACGUUCGCUCUUAGCCAGUUCGGCAGGGAUUGUGGUUUUGGCGAGUAUUUGCUAGCGACCCGUUUGGCCAGUCAAAUGGAGUGGAUUAAGUCGGUGCUGUUGCCGACCUAUCAAGACACGAAUAGUGCCUUGACGUUUGUCGAUAGGGAUUUACAGGAAGGAAGUCGUUGUGAAACCGGUAGCGGCAUGGAAGGUCGCUGCGUACCGAUCCGUGCUUGCUCGGUACCGUGGCGCGAGCUAAGGUCAUCAGGGACGGCAUUUUGUUCAUCCAGCAGCGUUAUAUGUUGUCCGGUUACAACGUCCAAUAAUACCGGUAGUAAUCGUAUACAUCCAGAGUUACUUGCUUGUCCAGCACUGGUUCGGGAAAAACCACGCGGUCUGCCUUUUUCUUCAAUGGUUCAAAUUGGAUGGAUGGUUAAGGGUCGUGGUCAAUUUCGGUGUUUCGGAUCGAUAAUAACGAAGUUCACGGUGGUUACUUCGGCCAGCUGCUUGGGACGUGUCGUUCCUCAGGUGGUAGAACUAUUGGGUGAGGUUCAGAAGAAUAGCUUUCAAGUAGAUUCUAUGUUGAAGCAUCCCGAGUACAAUGAAACGCAGAAUACCAACGAUAUAGCUUUGGUUAAGCUGCGGAAAGCACUUACUUGGGGAGAACACGUUUUUCCAACGUGUCUUUGGACGAACCUUACCCACGUUCCAUUGGUUAUGAAUAUGAUUUUUCCAGAUUCUACGCAUCCGGUGGCAUUCGAGCAGGUGACUCCCAUGUACAAUACCGAUUGCCAACGCACUCAUCCUCUGACGGUACAACGGUCGCAGAUUUGUGUCCGUUCGUACGUACGGCCGAACACCUGUGUCACCGGGGCUGAUCAGCUACGGUGGGAUUCUCCGACCGGUGAAUCGUAUCUGGUCGGAAUGGCCGUCAAAGCUCCUGCUUGCGUUAACUGGCGGUACAUGGUGUUCACGAGGGUGUCGUCCUUCGUGGAUUGGAUUAGUGAUAAUGUACGAUGAAAUGUGAUACUGAAAGUUGUUGUUUUACUAUCGAUACAGAAAUGGAACAGAGAUAAACCUUUGGUUCGAAAAUGAAAUGAUGAUUUUUUUAAUAAUAGAAACGUUAGUCUAAUGCUGGACAUCUUGUGAA